CACCCACACUCACACUCACGGCGGAGUAAAAUCGGCGGACCGAGAUUGCUGGGUUUAGCUAGAUUUCAUCUCCUCCUACCCUCCCCCCCAAACCAUCUUGUACAUAGCCAUUCAGAUCUCCUCUGUCGAUAGUUAUCAGUGAGCUCGAUACCUGGAAAGGAUACCUACAGCUAGACUUGUCUGACCGACACUGUGUCCAUCGUCCAUCUCGUCAUUGCCCCUCCGCUGAAAAACACCCCACGGUCCGAUCCCUAGUUUGACCGAGAAGGAGGAUCAUCCCCACCCGUCUCCUCUGUUUUUCUUUGAAACUUCAGAGUCGACUGCUAUAUAUCUACAGACUGAAAGGCUCAAGACGGAGCCUGGAAGGAGAAUCAACCAAAAACUCGCUGGAAAAAUGACUCUUUCGAACGGUGUUAAUGGCACUGCCCAUCCCACCGUGACGUUUGAACCGAAUGAACAUCCGCAUCGUAGAUACAACCCACUGCUUGGCAAGCAUGUGCUCGUUUCCCCACAUCGCACAAAGCGACCUUGGAAGGGUCAGACUGAAGCGCCUGUCUUGACAAAACUGCCAGCUUACGAUCCCGAAUGUUAUUUGUGUCCUGGAAACGCGAGAUCAGGAGGUGACCGUAAUCCCAAAUACACCGAGACAUUUGUCUUUGAGAAUGAUUUUCCCGCCCUCCUAUCUGAUCCUUUACCUUCCAUGCCGGACAUACAUCCUUCGUCCGACUCUUCCGACUCUUCCAAUCCAACAGCUUCAUUCUUCGAAUCUCGUCCUGUGCGAGGUCGAUGUAAAGUCAUUUGCUUUCACCCACGCCAUGACCUGACGUUGGCGAGGAUGGAUGAGGAGGAUAUCGUACAUGUUGUCGAAGGCUGGAGAGGCAUCUACGAGGAGGAAGGAGCCAUGUUGAGAUCCACGGGUGGAGGUGAUGAAGCCGAGGGUCACGUACAGAUCUUUGAGAAUCGAGGGGCAAUGAUGGGAGCCAGUGCGCCUCAUCCACAUGGUCAAGUCUGGUCACUUUCCUAUGUCCCCGAUGAACCCGCUACGACCCUGUAUCACCUGGAGAAACACGCCCAGACUGCUCCUGAACCACCGGCGGAUCAUCCACGAGGACCGGAUGGUAGACCAUCCCUGCUCGUGUCGUAUGCUUGGGAAGAGGUCAAGAGGAAGGAAAGGGUGGUGGAGAUCGACGAGGACAGUGGUUGGGUCGCGGUAGUGCCUUUCUGGGCUACAUGGCCGUACGAGAUACUAUUGCUGCCUUACAAGCGCCACAUUUCAAGUCUGUGUGGUCUCACCCCGGAAGAGACCAGAGGUCUUGCAAAGGUACUCAAGCGUGUCCUAGUGCGAUUCGACAAUUUGUUCUCUUGUCCAUUCCCUUAUUCCAUGGGCAUCCAUCAAGCACCUCUGCCUCCCCUUGCUUCUAAGCCGGACUCAUCAGCUUCGAUCCAUUUCCACUUCUAUCCUCCUCUACUCCGAAGUGCAAGUGUCAGAAAGUUCUUGGUCGGCUUUGAGAUGCUUGGCGAAGCGCAGCGAGACUUGACGCCUGAACAAGCUGCUGAAAAGCUGAGAUCUGUCAGCGAUGUACAUUACCUCGAGCGACAGCAGUAGUUUAGCGCUUUUAUUUUUUUGGGACACAGUUCCAGUCUUGGACAUCAUAAUUUCUUCUCUAUUAGACCCCAAUAUAUUCCUAGGGGGGCCGUCGUCCGGUUCAUUCCCACGGAAUUCUACCGGUGAACUUGAAGCUGCAUCGCCUUUUUGCUCAUAUGUCCCUCCUUAAGCUGGGCAUAGAUGGGGCUAUGACGAAUGCAGCUUUCUUCUGUAUGUCUGCAUGCAUGAGCCUGUCGGAAAUUCC